UUCCCACUUAUUCUCUGGGUAGGUUCACUUCAUCACCCGGUGAAAAUGCAUUCCAGGUGAGGAUCACUGCUCCUGACGAACAGUUCACUCGGGUUGGUGUGCAAGUAUUAGACAGGAAAGAUGGUUCCUUCCUUGUGAGAUACAGGAUGUAUGCGAGCUACAAAAACCUGAAGAUAGAAGUCAAAGCUGGAGAUAAACAUGUCGCAAAGUCCCCGUACAUUUUAAAAGGACCUGUUUACCAUGAAAACUGUGACUGCCCUCAGGAGGAGAGUAGUGUAUGGCUGGAAGAGAUGAACUGCCCUCAAAUCAUUCCACAAAUUCAAAGAGACCUAGCAAAUUUUCCAAUUGUUGAUCCAGAUAAGAUUGCAGAAGAAAUUCCGCAGAGGUUUGGACAAAGACAGAGUUUGUGUCAUUACACCAUCAAAGAUAAUGAGGUUUAUAUAAAGACGUACGGGGAACAUGUUGGCUUCAGAAUUUUCAUGGAUGCCAUACUGCUUUCUUUGACAAGAAAAGUGAAAAUGCCAGACGUAGAGUUUUUUGUUAAUUUGGGUGACUGGCCUCUGGAGAAAAAGAAGUCCCCUCAGAACCUGCACCCCAUCUUCUCGUGGUGUGGGUCCAGUGAGUCAAAAGACAUUGUCAUGCCGACAUAUGACUUAACAGAUUCAGUUUUGGAGACUAUGGGACGAGUCAGUCUGGAUAUGAUGUCAGUUCAAGCAAACACUGGCCCGUCAUGGGAAGACAAGAAUACCACAGCAUUCUGGAGAGGACGUGACAGCCGCAAAGAGAGGCUUGAACUUGUAAAACUGAGCAGAAAGUACCCAGAGAUCAUAGAUGCUGCUUUCACAAACUUCUUUUUUUUUAAACAUGAUGAAAGCCUCUAUGGCCCCAUUGUUAAGCACAUUUCAUUUUUUGAUUUUUUUAAGUAUAAAUACCAAAUUAAUAUUGAUGGCACAGUGGCAGCGUACAGAUUGCCUUAUCUACUAGCAGGAAACAGUGUGGUGCUAAAGCAAGAUUCCAUCUACUAUGAGCAUUUUUAUAACGAGCUGCAGCCAUGGAAACAUUAUAUUCCAUUUAAAAGUGACCUGAGUGAUCUACUAGAAAAACUACAGUGGGCAAAAGAGCACGAUGAGGAGGCAAAAAAUAUUGCUAAAUCUGGACAAGAAUUUGCAAGAAACAAUCUCAUGGGAGAUCACGUUUUUUGUUACUAUUUCAAACUUUUCCAGGAAUAUGCCAGCUUGCAAGUGAGCGAGCCAAAAAUCAGGGAUGGGAUGGAGAAGGUGCAGCAGCCUGAUGAUGACCUUUUUCCAUGUACUUGCCACAGAAAACAGGCCAAAGAUGAACUCUGA